AACUGAAUCAUCAUGACUGGUCGUGGUAAGGGAGGAAAAGGACUUGGAAAAGGAGGCGCCAAGCGGCAUCGUAAAGUGCUUCGUGAUAACAUCCAAGGAAUCACGAAACCUGCCAUCCGUCGUCUUGCUCGUCGAGGUGGUGUGAAACGUAUUUCUGGAUUGAUCUACGAAGAAACUCGUGGAGUCUUGAAAGUCUUUCUUGAAAACGUGAUCCGCGAUGCAGUUACUUAUACUGAGCACGCUGAACGUAAGACUGUCACGGCUAUGGAUGUAGUCUACGCACUCAAGCGUCAAGGACGUACACUCUACGGAUUUGGUGGUUAAACACCAUUUCGUUUAAACCAAUAUAUAUAUAUAUAUAUUGGGCACGGGAACCAUUUUUAACAUAGUUUUUUCAU